UUCGAUGGCACAUAAUCGUCACUUGAGGCUUCAUCGACUUUACGCCCCUGUGUUAGCGUCAUACCUUAAGACGAUCCAAAUAUCGGGCUACUGACUGCAUGGAAAGACGAUCGAAGAACGUAUUCCGAGAGUUUUGUGCACUACGGUACAGUGUCCGUGCGCGUGACGACCGGAUUCGCGUGACGACCGAACACCAAAAACUGCACCUAUCUUCAACACGUCAUAACUCAACGACCAUGGCACCUAUCAAUGAUGCAAUCGCAGCCAUUAAAGCGCUGAAACUAGGAGAAAAACUUGUUUAUCAGACUUUUGCUAAUAAAUAUAGUGUUAACUGUGUAACUUUGGCGCAGAGACAUAAGCGCGUUCAGGCACCUCUAGAGAUUAAGAACCUUAACCGGCAGAAGCUCACCCCACAACAAGAAGAGAAGCUUGUUAGGUAUAUAGAGGGGUUGAAUUCUCGUCAUAUACCCCCUACAAGAGAGAUGAUCGCGAAUUUCGCGUCACUAGUGGCCUAGGAACCUGUUAGUAAGAGCUAGGUUGUCAAGCCUCAGCUCCGGCCACUGAGACAAGCAAACCAAAAGGUAACAUGGCUCACACUGAUGGUGAGCCUAUGCCAGAAC